UUAAUACUCCAAUGUUACAUUUAUGCAGGAAAAAAAAUGGCCCUUCUUGGAUUUCUUCUUCUGGGGUUUUUCUCUAUGGUUUCACAUGUAAAUGGUUAUGUUUAUGGGGGUUGGACUAAUGCUCAUGCCACUUUCUAUGGUGGAAGUGAUGCUUCUGGGACAAUGGUAACAUCUCAUAUUGCAGGUGGGGCUUGUGGGUAUGGAAACUUGUAUAGCCAAGGUUAUGGAACUAAUACAGCAGCACUAAGCACUGCCAUGUUCAACAAUGGCUUGAGCUGUGGUGCAUGUUUUGAAAUCAAAUGUGUGAAUGACCCACAAUGGUGUCUUCCUGGCUCAAUUGUAGUCACUGCCACUAAUUUUUGCCCACCUGGUGGUUGGUGUGACCCUCCCCAACACCAUUUUGAUCUUUCUCAACCAAUUUUCCAGCACAUUUCCCAGUAUAAAGCUGGGAUUGUACCUGUUAUUUACAGAAGGGUAAGGUGCAGGAGAAGUGGUGGAAUCAGGUUCACUAUUAAUGGUCAUUCUUACUUCAAUUUAGUCCUUGUGACUAAUGUUGGAGGUGCUGGUGAUGUGCAUGGUGUGGCAAUCAAAGGUUCAAGAACUAGAUGGCAAGCCAUGUCAAGGAACUGGGGGCAAAACUGGCAGAGUAAUUCCUACCUGAAUGGACAAAGCCUUUCCUUUAUAGUCACCACCAGUAAUGGCCAUAGGUUGGUCUCAUAUAAUGUUGCCCCAUCUAGUUGGUCCUUUGGGCAGACCUACACUGGAAGGCAGUUCAACCACUAACCAACCCUUUAAUUGAGCAUCUUUUCAGUAAUGUGUAGUAAUAGUAUCUUAAGA